AUGACAGCUAUUCUUCAAUUAGGUAACAGCACUACUUACUAUUAUAUUUUUUCAGAAGAAACCAAGAAAAAUACAAGCAUGCCUAGUUUCUAUGAAUAUAAAAUGGAUUUCGGCCUUCAUCAAAAAGAUUUCCGGUCAUUAGAAGAUCAAGAAGUCAACCAAACCACGUGUCCACAUGAAAAAUACUCAGUACAUGAAUUUCUCAGGUAUAUUGGCGAGAAAAAAGUCGUUAUUAAUGAUCCAUCUCAAAAUAUUAAAUACACUGCUGAAGAUUGUCUUUCCCUUAUAUUACACAUGAUCAUUAAUAGAAUUCGAGCAAAAUACAUAAAGAAACUUCAAUAUUAUUUCAUUAUUGAUCCAAAUUGGGAUGACAAGAAGAUUGAAGCCUUACAAGAUUGCAUAAACGACAACAAUAUUACAGAUUACAAGAUUGUUUCUUCAGAUGACAUGAUUAGUAACUUGUUAAAUUUAUAUUUCCAAGAUCAAGAAGUAAAUGAAGAAAAACAUACAAUCAUUAUCAAUUCAGGGGCAACAGGUACAGAUGUAUUUAUUGUCGAAACAAAACAACAUGAAGAUCCAAAAAUUAUCAAAAAAAGUUAUAUUAACAAAGGACACAUUGAUUUUACGAAUAUUCUAUGCAAUAUAUUUCUUAGUCAGUUCGAAAAUGACAAAAACGAUGAUCAAACAAAUAAAAUAAUCGCAGAAAUCAAAGAUCAAAAACCAAAUCCUUCAAAACGAUGCUUUUUCAAUGAAGUGAGUAAGCUUUCACAGACAAUGGCUCCACAUCUCAAAACAAAGCUUUCUGCAACAUCCCUUAGCUACGCAUCUUUCACGAGUGAUAUCAUUGCUUAUGAUGAUGUCAUUGGAAAUCCAGAAUAUGGAAAACUUGCUGAAGAUUUUUACAGCUUUAUACAGGCUUUCCUUUCGGAUAUUGGUAAUUUACAUAUUGAUUAUUUUACAAUUGUUGGUGGAAAUUCUUUGAAUCCCUUCUUCAAACAACUCGUCAAUGUUAUCAUUGAUGAUAAAAUAAAAAAAUGCCAGGAGCUUUGCUUGAACAAUUCCAGAUGUUCGGCAAUCAGUGGCACAAUAGAUUUGCUUUCAAGAAAAAAGAUAGAAAAAUUUGUGAAAAAGUCCGUUGAUAAAAAGGCAAAUCGAGAAAGUUUUGUGGACAAAAUACUCACUAAAAAAGCAAGAAAGCAAUACGAUAUCAACAAGAAAUCCGACGAGUUCAAUAAUCAAUAUGAUUCUAUUCCUAAUUUCAAAAGUUACUUUACCAAACUAGGUAUAGAAUUAGAUUCAGAUUUCAAAAAAUUUCUCGAUAGUUACAUUUACGACUCCAAUUUUGAGUUAGAUAAAGUGAUAAAGGAAAUCAACGUUGCACUUGAAAAAGUACGAGAUAAAACUGAUAAAGAAUUCAUCCAACAACAUAAAGACAAUAAAUUGCUAAAAUCAGCAUUGACUGCCGCAAGAGAUGCAAUGACAAAUAACCAAAAACAAGAACUUUUGUCAUAUGCAGAAAAUAUAUACGCUUUAAUCCAUGCUUCCGAAACUCUCAAAGAGGAGUUCGAAAAAGGUUUGGAAGUAGCAAAGAAAAGCAGGAAGGAUAAAGAGUUUGCAGAAGAAAAAUUGCAGGAAUUUUGCGAUUAUUUAGAUGCAAUUCAAAACAAAUAA